AUGGCAAUAAUUAUUGUCGCCACAGUGGUCCUACAUAAUAUUGCUAUAGAAGAGAAUGAAGCAAUACCUGAAGAGUGGAUCGAUCAUUCUGAAGAUGAGGAAAUAAAUGAACAGGGUGAUGUUAGAUAUGACAAUCGCUCAGGCCAGGUUGAUAAACAGAUGUUAAUAAAUGAAUACUUCGCCAAUUUAUAA